UCGUAUAACAAAAUCACAUAGGAAAAUUAAUCAUUGAAAAUAAUGUGAAUUUAUUUGAUUGAAAUCAUGUGAACAAAUCCAAACCAUUGCCUAGAUAAGAGAAACCAAACCAAUUGAAAACCAAAUCUAUAGAAAAAUAAUAAAUUCGAAAAGUUAAAAUUCAUAAUGUUUUCCGAAUGCUAUCAGCAUCAAGAGAUUCAGCAACAGCAGAAGCAGCUCCAGCUGCAGCUGCAAAAUUACAGUUACCCAGCAUACAAUACAGAUGAGCGAAGAAGAAGCAGAGAUAGAGGUAAUCAAGGAGUAAACAGCGCAGCUGCCGACAAAUUUUAUCAACAGCGAAAUGAUGGAGUGCGCGAGGCAGCUUUACUCCCCGCAUCAACAACCACAACGGCAACAGCUGGGGCAUUAACUGCCGCAGCAUCAAACGCUGCGCUAUCAGCGAUGCCCACAGCGGCUGCAACAAUCUCUGGCCCGCCCACAAGGAGACCGCCGCCUGUAACCGAAAAAAUUACUAAUUUGCACAAUUUGGCGCAGAAUUUACUGAACAGCGUGCGAGAGCAACAACAACGCCAAGGGCAGCGACGCCAUAUCCGCCUACAAGGAAACACGCCAUACCAACGGCCUAGCGGCGCAGCAAGGCAAGCGAUACAGGCGGCGAUGCAGGGUGCAAGUGGCAGUGCAAACAAUGCACAUGAAAACCGUGCAAAUAGAAAUUCCAGUGCGUAUCGCAGGCGAGCGAGUGCAAAUGGUGAACCUGGCGGCGGAAGUGUAAUUACAAAUGGCGGCGCUAACACAACUGAUGGACAACAAUUGGACGCGACACAAUUUUGUAGCUGUGCUGAGUGCGAGGCGCGUCAGUUGCGCAGCGGUAUUGUAAAUGCGAGCGCGCCAGCAUCCUCCGCCAAUGCAGUUGCCAGUGAGCGCUACGGCAAUUCAGCUGCUACGACGACAGCGCGGCAACGGCAAUACAAUAGCAAUUACUAUAGAAAUUACAACAAUAAAAAACAUCGACAUCACCACGUCAGCAACAGCAAUAGCGCCUGCAACAACAGCAACCGUAAGGAUGGAGAUAAUAUAAAUUUUCAAUGUUCAAUUUGUUUGGAUUCGUAUUUGUUGCAUCGGCCGAUGGUCACUCAGUGCGGACAUAUAUUUUGUAGGCAUUGUAUAAUGAAGUGUGUCAACUGCCAGGGCAAGUGUCCCAUGUGCAGUCGCAAAUUGAAUUCCAGCAAUGUGUUUCGAGUGUACUUUUGAGCCUUUUUUGUUCGACGAUGGAAUCGAAUUGUGCUCGCCUUAGCCGCCAGCGGCAAUGCGAUUGCAAUGAACUUUUGUAUUUUGAAAUUCUCAUUUAUACAUACAUACACAUUUCUUUGGUACAUAUGUGUGUGUACAUGUAGGUAUGCACUAUGUACGAAUGUUUUAAUGCAUGUACAUAUGUAUGUAUAUAUGUUUGCAUGCAGCUUUUGGCAUGGCAGUUCUGCUUUUAUACAAUUCUUUUGGAAUAUUUUUUGCAUGUUUUUCGUUACUUUUGUGCUAUCUUUAGAUUGUCGACUGUGCGUUUUAAGAUGGAUGCUGUUUUGGCAAUUAUUCGCAAUAUUCUAUAUAUGUAUGUAUGUAACUUUUUAUAUACUUUUGAAAUAUAUUUUUACUUGGAAAACAAA